AUGAAUGUUACCAUGAACAUAAUUAUUCCGACCAUAAUCAUUCGUCCUUAUCCAAAUUUACCAUUAACAGAGCAAGUUAUGUAUGAUUUAAAAAAUAAUAUGAGAAAAGCAAAUGAAAUGAAUGAUUUUGUUGAUGAUGAUGAUGAUGAUUAUAAUGAAGAUGAUGAUAUUGAAAUUAGUGAACCAUUAACAACAUCUACGAAAUCAACAACAACAACAACAACAUUGGAAAUAAAUAUUGUUAAUUGA